AUUCAGGACUUCGCUGCCUUCAGUGCAACCACUAACGCAGCAUCAUGAAGCUCAUGCUCGUGGCCGCCAGUCUGGUGGCUGUUUUGGCGUUCGCUCACGCGGAAGAGGCCAAAGCAGCAGAAAAGGAAGUGGCAGUUGAAAGUGACAAGUCAGCAGCUGAGGACAAGAAACACGAAAAACGUGGUCUCCUCGACAUCGGGUACGGCGGUGGUCAUGGCUGGUCCAGCGGCGGUCUGGACCUGGGCAGCUACGGCGGUGGUUACGGCUACGGCGGGGGUCACGGCUACGGCGGACACGAGGAGGUUCACAAGACGAUCACCGUCGUCAAGAACGUCCCGGUCCCCUACCCGGUAGAGAAACACAUCCCCUACCCCGUCGAGAAGCACGUCCCGGUGCCAGUCAAGGUCCCAGUCCCCCAACCCUACCCGGUCGUUAAGCACGUUCCCUACACUGUCAAGGAGCUCGUCAAAGUACCAGUCCACGUACCCGCCCCAUACCCCGUCGAGAAGAAAGUACCCUACCCCGUCCACGUGCCGGUCGACAGGCCAGUACCCUACAAGGUGUACGUUCCCCAGCCCUACCCAGUGGAGAAACACGUCCCGGUCCCAGUCAAAGUACCAGUGCCAGCACCCUACCCAGUAGAGAAGAAAGUACCUUACCCCGUUAAGGUCCCAGUCCACGUACCCGCCCCCUACCCGGUCGUCAAGGAAGUUCAUGUCCCAGUGAAGGUUCCAGUCGACAGACCCUACCCCGUGCACAUUCCCAAGCCCGUGCCAUACCCAGUCGAGAAGCCAGUACCCUACCCAGUAGAGAAACCCGUACCUUACCCAGUCAAGGUCCCAGUCGACCGCCCGUACCCGGUCCAUGUCGACAAGCCCGUGCCCUACCCCGUAAAGGUGCCCGUGCCAGCGCCCUACCCCGUCGAGAAGCACAUCCCCGUGCCAGUAGAGAAACACGUGCCCUACCCCGUUAAGGUGCUAGUCGACAGGCCCUACCCCGUCCACAUUGAGAAGCACGUCCCCUACCACGUGGAGAAGCCUGUGCCGUACCCGGUCAAGGUGGCAGUCCCAGUUGUCGUCGGUCACGAACACGGUCACGAAUAUGGUCAUCAUGGAAGCUAUUAAUGGCUGCAGGGAGCAGACGGUAUAUUGUGAUAUGUAAAUCUAAGCUAGCACAUAAUAACGAUUGUGGGUCUCGGAGCCGUCACCAGUAAAAUAGCGGUUGAAGCCCGAUCUCUGAGUCUUCGGGGCCCACAAUCGUGCAGCACUGAAACUCUUGUAAAUUUUUGUUACGACUUUUUCUUUCCAUAGCUGUAAAAACGAUAUUUCGAGCUGAUGUACCUGUUAUUUUAAGUUUUUUCAUGUAGAGAAGGACUAA